ACAUGAGUCCUCUAUCUAUCUCUAUGAGCUAGCCUAACCGGAGCCAGCUGUGUCAGAUGAAUAGAGAGAAAUAGGGUGUCAUUUGUUCAGAAACUUACUCUAACGUUACAAUUAUUGAAUUGUCAUCGAAAUAUUUGAAUAAUGGAUUUAAACAGUAUCCUGUUGCAGCUUGAAACUGACAAUGAAGAGGACAUUGAAAGGCUUUUGCACCAGUACAACGGAGAGAAUAAUCUAACAUUCACCUUUGACCCAAAAGGGGAGGAUCUACGAAGUAGGCUGUGUCAGGGCCUACUGACUGUGCUGGGGAGGCAGGUUGGGCCCCGCUGUCAGAGUACCUGCCUGGAGACCCUCCGCAUUCUGUCCCGAGACAAGCGGGUCCUGGGCCCUGUGGAAACCCAGGAGGGCAUGCUGGUCCUGGCCGGGCUGGCACGGUUGCGGGGGGGAGCGGAAGGGGGUGACAGCCUGCAGGGGGAGGUCCAGAUAGAGGAAAAAGAGAGGGUAGUGGUGGAGGCCCUCAAGUGCCUGUGUAACGUGGUGUUCAACAGCGCAGCGGCGCAGCAGGUGGGCGCCGACGUGCAGCUGGCACGGGGUCUGUGUGCCCGCCUGCACGCCGCCCGCACUGGGCGCCACGAGGUGGGCCUGUUCUCUCUGCGCCUGCUCUUCCUGCUCUCUGCGCUGCGACCAGACGUCCGGGGGGCACUCCGGAGGGAGCUGCGUGCCGUGGGGCUCCUCAAAGAGGUGCUGGAGUGUACCCUGGAUGUACGCUGGGUGGGCCCCUACGAGGCGGCCCCUCCGGACCCCCAGGCCCUGCCCAUCCCUGCUGAAGACAACGAGAGGGCCAUGGAGGCCCUGAAAGCCCUGUUCAACCUCACGCUGUCUGACACUAGCGACGAGGAUGGUGACCACCAGCUCCGCCUCAUCACCGCCAUCAUGCGCCAUCUAUUGAUGCUAAAGACUCAGACAGAGGACAAAACAGAGGAAGCACACAGCCACGCGAUCAAUUUGCUUAGUAACCUGCCUGUGUCUUGUCUGGAUGUGCUGAUUGAUUUGCCCGUCCAGGGGGGCCAGGAGGAGUACAGCGGGAAGAACAUGGACAUUGUGCAGGUGCUACUGGACUUCAUGGAGAAGAGGAUAGACAAGCAGGGCGCCAACUACAAAGAGGGGCUGACCCCAGUUCUCAGCCUGCUGACCGAGGGCUCCAGGUACCACAGGGAGAUCCGCAGAUACAUCAAGACACAGGUGCUGCCCCCUCUGAAGGAGGUCAAGGUCCGGCCGGAGAUCGGGUCCACCGUCAGGAACAAGCUGGUGCGUCUCAUGACCCACGUGGACAUGGGUGUGAAGCAGAGCGCAGCAGAGUUCCUAUUUGUCCUCUGCAAAGAGAACGUGGACAACCUGUUGAAGUACACAGGGUAUGGUAACGCAGCAGGACUCCUGGUGGCUCGAGGCCUGCUGGCAGGGGGGCGAGGAGAGACAAAGUAUUCAGAUGACGAAGACUCCGACACUGAAGAGUACAAAUCGGCWAAACCUUUCAUCAACCCCAUCACGGGCCACGUGGAGGAACCCUUGCCUAACCCCAUAGAAGAGAUGACUGAGGAGCAGAAAGAGUACGAGGCCCAGGAACUAGUCAACAUGUUCGACAAGUUGUCAAGGCAGCAGCUGAUUAGGCCCAUGGGGGUGAGGCGGGAUGGCUCACUGGCGCCCCUAGAGGAGGCUCUGAGACAGCCCACGACUGACAGCUGCAGCUCAGACUCAGACUAGAGCCACUACCACCCCAGACCCCAUAUACCUAUAAUAGGCUGUGUCCAACACAGUUCCCCUUUCCUCACACCCCUGUCUGUCUGUCUUCUUCUGUCUGUCAGACUGACGGGACCUUGCCCCGGCCUUUCCUCACACCCCUGUCUGUCUGUCUGUCUGUCUGACGGGACCUUGCCCCGGCCUUCCUCACACCCUUGUCUGUCUGUCUGUCGGGACUUGCCCCGGCCUUUCCUCACACCCCUGUCUGUCUGUCUGUCUGUCUGUCGGGACCUUGCCCGGCCUUUCCUCACACCCCUGUCUGUCUGUCUGUCUGUCUGUCUGACAGGACCUUGCCCCGGCCUUCCUCACACCCCUGUCUGUCUGACUGACGGGACCUUGCCCCGGCCUUUCCUCACACCCCUGUCUGUCUGUCUGUCUGUCUGUCUGUCUGUCUGUCUCUGUCUGUCUGUCUGUCUGUCUGUCUUGUCUGUC